UGAUUUCCAGAGCUUGUGCAGCUGGGGGAGAGAAUGGGCAGGGGCAUAAAUAGACUCGCUGGGGUUUAACUAACAAGGUCCUACCUUGUCUGCUACUUUCCUCUUGUAGUGGUUAAUGAGCGUUAAUCUGGUACCCCUGUGGGCUAUUGUUCUUCCAGGCUGCGUUCAUUUAAAUGUAAAUAGGUGACACGACUAUGGAAAGUCGCUUAUUACAGUGAUUUGCGCGGAAUGCAGAGCCCAGCGCACUGACCGAGCUGCUUCAUUGCAACUUGUCGCCAGGAUGGCUGCGCCUUUGGAGACGGUCAUGACUCCCUGCCAAAGAUUCGAUGGGAGGAACGGGGCUUCUGCUACCCCCAAGAGCCUGGCCUUCUCCAUAGAGAGAAUCAUGGCAAAGACUUCAGAACCCAAAGCUGCUGCUUUUCAACCGAGUCAAGGAUUGGACCCAGGAGCAAAGAAAAUGCUGAAUUUGUGCUCCCCUCUCCCUUGCAUGAUCCCCAUCCAGUCUUUGGCUUAUGAUGUGCACUCCAAAGCGCUGCUCAACUACUCGGAGCUGUGGAAGAGCAGCCUGAGGGGGUCUGUGUGUAGCCCGUCGGGGCUGUGCAAAUCCAACUGCGGCAUUUGUUGCAAAAACGACUUAAACAUGGGCCACACGGUGCUGCCCGGCAGCAGGGUCAUCAAACCUCAGGUCAUCAACCAAACGGUGGGGCUGCCAACCAACGGCUCUUUGUAUUAUUUCAACUACCUGGACUCUUCCUUCCACCCUCCGGAGAUCCUCAGCGGGCAGCUGCUUUCCUCCAGCCUCAUAAACGCUCAGUCGCAAGCGACACUUUCCGCUCAGCAGAAACUGUUCUUGUUGGAGAAUGCCAAGCUCUCUGGCCUGGCCCCUGAGAAGUUCCCAAACCCCCAGUACCCCCAUAAGGAGCGGCUGCCGGGACAGUUGGACCAGGUCAUGAAGGAGAACUCGGCGCUAUCGGCUGACAGGAGCGGCAAAAUCCACAGCAAACUCGGCGCUAAUUCUGCUGAAGGGAAACCCAAAAUCUUCACUUGCGAAGUGUGCGGCAAGGUGUUCAAUGCGCACUACAACCUGACCCGACACAUGCCGGUACAUACCGGGGCCCGACCGUUUGUGUGUAAAGUGUGUGGGAAAGGAUUCCGCCAAGCGAGCACCCUGUGUCGGCACAAAAUCAUCCACACACAGGAGAAACCUCACAAAUGCAAUCAGUGCGGCAAAGCCUUUAACCGAAGUUCCACGCUAAACACCCACAUCAGGAUCCACGCAGGAUACAAACCGUUCGUCUGCGAAUUCUGCGGAAAGGGAUUCCACCAAAAAGGGAAUUAUAAAAACCACAAACUGACGCACAGCGGGGAGAAACAGUACAAGUGCACUAUUUGCAACAAAGCCUUCCAUCAGAUCUACAAUCUGACUUUCCACAUGCACACCCAUAACGACAAGAAGCCCUUCACUUGCGGCACUUGCGGCAAAGGAUUUUGCAGGAACUUCGACCUGAAAAAACACGUCAGGAAAUUACACGACAACGUUUCGUCCUCUUGUUCCCUAAAGGAAAUCUCCAGGACUGGACAGAGUUAAAAAACAAACCCACAAACACUAAAGCAGCCUGCACUUUCUCUCCAAAGUUGCACACUGUGAUAUUCACUAUAAACUCAUCUGAUUGGAUCAUGGUGGCAAGAAGGGACCCCCCCACCCACAGCCAACACUCAUUCCCAAGGGGAGAGGCCCAGGUUUGUAAACUGACAGGACAGUAACACUCGCAAUUAUUUUAUAUUUUUAUUUUUUUUGGUCCUAUUUGAAUUAUUAUUUUUUUGUUUGGGAGGGGGGGCAAUUAUGUUUGAAUAGAACUUUUAAUGUGUAAAUAUUUGCCAAGAAAACUGAGAUUUAUACAUCGGUGUAAAUUAAGAAUCUAAAUGUACAGAAUAAGGAAUGACAAUAAACAGCAUUAGAAUGAG